AGGAGAACAAGCUCGUGGUCUCGCAUGCCCACUAUGGCGUCGUCAUUUUGGUCUUGAAUGACUUUGUGCUCUUUCGAGAGCAGCAGACUGACGACAACAAAAAGCACAUUCAGAAAUGUGUCCUCCAUCCUGCGUAUCAGGAUAUAAACCAACCGACAUAUCAACAUGGAUAAGUUUCGUAUGAUGGCCCAGAUUCUCCAAUCCAACCAGGAGUCCUUCAUGAAUGGCAUAUGUGGUAUCAUGGCGUUGGCAAGCGCUCAACUCUACUCAUCUUUUGAGUUCAACUGUCCCUGUAUACCUGAGUAUAACUACUCCUAUGGGAUCAGCAUGCUGGUUAUUCCACCUAUAUGGUUCUUUAUGCUAGGUUUUGUGUUGAACAACAACGUAUCGAUGUUGGCAGAGGAAUGGAAACGGCCGAUCGGUCAGAGAAGGAAGGACCCUGCCGUCCUGCGCUACAUGUGCAUCUCCAUAUCCCAGCGUUCCCUCAUAGCACCGGCCGUGUGGAUCGCGGUAACGCUAAUGGACGGUAAAAGUUUCCUGUGUGCUUAUAGCAUGGACCUGGAUAUGACUGAGUUUUGGAAAAAUUCUAGCGGACACGGGCUUUCGGAAGAGGAUCUCACACGGAUGCUAGCCAAAAUCCCAUGCAAACAAAUAUUUGACGGGCAGAACAUCGUAUCAAGAGAGGCAGCUAGAAGAUACAUAACGUGUAUUUCACAGGCUUGUGGAUGGCUGUUCCUGAUGAUCAUAAUGAUCAUUGCAUUCUUGAUCCGAGCCAUACGUCCCUGCUUCACGCAAGCUGCCUUCCUCAAAACCAAAUACUGGUCCCACUAUCUAGACGUUGAGCGCAAGAUGUUCGACGAGACUUGCACUGAACACGCAAAAGGUUUUGCCAAGGUUUGCAUCAAGCAGUACUUCGAAGGCAUAAGCGGAGAGAUUCCCAGCUUGUCCAAUAUUUCGCCAGAUGUCGUGGAUGGCGACGAUAAACCCCCGUCUGACGAUGAUAAACUGAUGGGCGUUCGCCGGGUGGACUCUAUGAAUAAGGUGCUGUGGGACUGGCACACGUGCAAGCCUCCGCUGAAUCUAAUAAAGCCCACAGAUGCCGAUAAACAAAAUGGCGUCGGUGGCACAAAUGCUAAGAAAAAUGGAGAUUUAGGUGUUAGCCAGAAUGGUUUAAAUGGCGGUUAUGUUAAUCCAGGCCUUGAUGUUGGGCAAUGCGAAUUGGACAAGGGUUAUGACAACGCUAGCUUCAAUGCAGAUAAAAAUAGUUUAACUAGUUAUACAAAUAAUAGCACAAGACAGAAUGGAUUUACUAAUAAUGGUGGAGUCUCUUCUCAGAGCAGUGCUCAGACGAAAUCAUGGGCUGUGUAUUACUCUAAAGUCUGAGGUUAAACAACAUUUAUUUACACAAAAAAAUGUAAUAUUAUUUAUUAUACAUAUUAUACAUAUUAUUUAUUAUACAUUAUACAUAUUUUAGUAGAUGUAACCUGCACCAGCAGCACAAAAUGGAUGACAAUGCAAUAGUGGUGGACAUUUUCUGAACUAAUUUGCCAUAAUCAUUUAAAUGUUAGAAUUAGUUUAUAAAGCAGUAAGAUGAAUGUUAACUUUACUAACAUUGAUUUAAUGAAAAAAGUGGUAACAUAUUAGAAUAAGGAUGUAUUUGGUAACAUUGAGAAUUUACUAAUCUUUGUUAUUGUUAGUUAAUGCCAAUCCAGUCAUGUUAGAUCAUGGUGCAUUAACUAAUGUUUUACCUUAUUUUUAUGAAUUAAGAUGAAUAAAUGCUGUAAAAGUAUUGUUUGUUCAUGUUAGCUAAUGCAUUUUCUAAUGUUAACAAAAACAACCUUAUUUUUAUAAAUACUAUUAAAGGGUACUGCUGUACUCGUAUGAAAGACUGCACAAUAUAAAAGUAAACAGUUUAAAUAUAUAUAAAUAAUAUAUAAAUAUAUAAUGAUGAUGUGAAUUGAAGUUUGAUUACCUAUAGCAUAUAUUUAUUAUUUUUUUAAAGAGGUCUUUUAGUUUGAUAUGUACAUAACUUUGUCUUGCUUUAAAAUGUGUUAUUUUUAUAUAAUAUAUAUCUGUUAAAAUGUAUAAUGCAUGCCUUCAUCUAGGCCAGGGGUAUUCAAAUCAGGACCCCAAAACAAUUCUGAGAAUUUUAGGUAAUUCUUCACAAAUGGUUCAUCAUGUUUGGGGGUCCUUGGCAUUAAAGUUUGAAAACCCCUGAUUUAGGCUACCAAAGACAAAAUCCAAAUUAAAGAUUUUAAAUCGCAUGUUGUUUCACUCUUAGCCACCAGAGCGCACAAUACUCACUGUUGAAAUUCAUAUUAAAAGCAUUAUUUCUCAACAGUGGCAUUGCA